AAGCUCUCGGAUCUCCACACCACCAUCAAACAUGCACCUAAUUUUUCCCCUGUUGAGCCGCCCACCACACGAACAUGAGUGAUCUGAGUGACACAAUUAAUGGAACGGAUCCAUUAAUUUUGACUCCAUCCAACCUUCCUAUCCAUCCAUUUCGGUGGUGUUAGAUAAUGGAUCACAAGCAUUCGCGCUUCUCAUCAUCACGAUCUGCUCCUCCUUUCUCCCACUCGGCAAAACCCUUAUCAUCAACAGUUCCAGAGAACGAUGAAGCUACUGUGUGUUCCUUCUCCCACUCGGUUGACCCCAUGGACGUCGUUUUCUCCGCUAUCCGUGGACUGUAGGCACUCAGGAUAGUGAGCACCGGUGCUUCAUUGUCAGUAGCCACCGCUUCCUUUCUUCUUUGGUGCGACCUACUGUUCAUCUCGUUCCUAUAUAAGGGCGUACGGGAGGGAAUGGCCUCUCGCACUCUCCGGGUCCGGAGCCUUCUUCUUGCAUGGCGCUGGUGAGUCCACUCGAGGAUUCAACACAGGAUCAACAAUGAUUAUAUGGCAGGUCUAAUUACCAUCACCGAUACAUUUAUUCCCAGGUGUUGCAUGCCACGAGAACGAACAAGAACGGGAUCAAAGCACUCAUUGCAGCUGAGUACAGUGGGGUUGAGAUCGAGAUGGCCAAGAACUUCCAAAUGGGUGUAUCCAACACCACUCCUGAGUUCCUUAAAAUGAACCCUAUAGGCAAGGUUGAGAAUUGGGGUUGAUUAUAUGGCAGGUCUAAUUACCAUCACCGAUACAUUUAUUCCCAGGUGUUGCAUGCCACGAGAACGAACAAGAACGGGAUCAAAGCACUCAUUGCAGCUGAGUACAGUGGGGUUGAGAUCGAGAUGGCCAAGAACUUCCAAAUGGGUGUAUCCAACACCACUCCUGAGUUCCUUAAAAUGAACCCUAUAGGCAAGGUUCCUUUGUUGGAGACACCUGACGGUCCCAUCUUCGAGAGCAAUGCAAUAGCUCGUUAUGUUGCUCGCUUGAAGGCUGACAACCCUCUUUAUGGCUCUUCACUCUUCGAAUAUGCCCUGAUCGAGCAAUGGAUUGACUUUGCAUCCACGGAAAUCGAUCCUAAUAUCGCACAGUGGUUCUAUCCAAGACAUGGGCUUAAGCCUUACUUUGCUGCGGCUGAGGAAGCUGCAGUGCGUGCGUUGAAGAGGGCACUGCGUGCUCUGAACACCCAUCUCGCAUCGAAAACUUACCUUGUCGGUCAUUCGGUGACCUUGUCUGAUAUUAUCAUGGCGUGCAACUUGUAUCUUGGAUUCCUCUGUAUCAUGACCAAGAGCUUCACUGCAGAAUUCCCUCAUGUCGAGCGAUACUACUGGACCAUGGUCAACCUGCCAAACUUCCGCAAGGUGUUGGGUGAGGUGAAGCAGGCGGACGCUGUUCCACCUGUGCCGUCUCAGAAGAAGCCAGCUGAAGCUGAAGAACCGACUCAAGAACCUGUUCGGUCCAAGGUGGAAGAAGAAGUCGCGGAGAAGGUAGGGGAAUUGGAGCAAGGAAAUAAGUUGUACCAGUGGACCAAGGUUGACAUUUCCGACGAGGGAAACAGGGAGAGUGUCAACGCCAUGAUCGGGGAGGAAGAUGCCUUCGAAGGAGAAGCUCUACCAGAAGCGAAGUGCUUCGAGUAACCUGUACCGAGUUUACCCUGUCAGUGCAUGUAGACAUCUCGGUCUAACCUCCUCAAGCAGGAGGUUCAAGCAAUAUACAAAUGAAGUCGUAAAGAUGAAUAAGAUUGAUGUUGGAACCUUUUAUUCCUGUCAAAA